UGUGCGAGGGAAUUUUAUCGAAUGUUUGGCCCCGAAUUAAAGAAUAUAACUGGUGACAGCAAAUCCCUGACAGAGGUUCUUAUACUGGUGGACAACCUUUUCAAUGCAUUCACCGAUUCGAGUCUGCCCUGCCCAUUCCUUACACAAAACGAGAAAGUGUGGAAUCGGCUGUUGGAGCGCUUCGAGGACAAAGUGCAUAUGAUUGACGCCAAAGCCAAGAACUUUGUGAAUGACUAUUUUGCUCAUAUCCGAGGAGCCAAUAACGCCUUUAACCUUUUGGAAAAGUUCAAAUCAGUGAAGGCGCGGGCCGCAAUCAGUUGCCUGCUGCUGGACAAGUACCGCGAUGUUCUCCGAAGUCUGGGCAAGGAGCUCCAAAGAGUGGAACUCAAAUUUAAAGAGAUGAAGACAAGCCCUCCGAUCGCGUUUUUCCUGCCUCCAGUCUCCGGAGCUAUCUCGUGGGCCCGUCUGACAUUGAAUGUAGUAAAGGUUGGAAUCGUGCGUUUUCUGCGUUCUCAACCGGAUAUUUUCGAAGAAGAAGAGGGGAAGGAGGUCAGGCAGCGUUACAUCAAACUGGCGCACUCCCUACGCGAGUACGAGGCAGAGAUGCACAGUGCCUGGGAAAGCGAUAUUAACAUGACGCUCAGCUCAAAACUGAACCAAUCCAUCCUCUACAAGAAUCCGGCAACAAUUGAAUUCCACAAGGUUAACCCUGUUUUCCACAUAUUGAAUUAA